AUGAUAUUUUCCUCCAGCAAGUGGAAAAAUAAAAAAAGUGAUGAAAGAAGUGAAUUGAGCAAAGAAAGUUCUCAGGAUAGCAGUAGUACUGUUGAAAAGGAACAUCGACAUCGAAAAAAAGGAGUUGUAGAAGAACGUAAAUAUUACAGAAGAAAAGGAGUAGGUGGAACCAGCGAUUACUACAAGGAAAUUGUAAUUCGAAGAAAUGAUAAUACUCGAAAAUGUUCACAUGAGCCUAGAUCAAAUUCACCAGAACUAGUGGAAGAAGUGGAAAGUUAUCAACGCAUAAGAAAAUAUAAAAAACAGCACGAAGAAAUUACUGACCGGGAUGAGCAUUUCGUGGAACCGGAUGUUGACUUGCCUGAUCUGGAAAGUGUGAGUAGUGACUCAGUAGUGACUGAAGAUCAGCUCAGUACGCAGCAACAAGAGCUAAAGAAAGGUUUUAUCAAUAAAGCAUAUCCGCCAGCAAAAAUCCAAAUACGUGGAUUGGAGGAAGAAGCGAAUUAUGAAAGAAAGGCGUAA